UCUAACAACUAGGGCACAAAAAAUAAAAGGCAAAAGACAAACAUGCCCAUACAGCCAUACACGCACAACACGUGCGGGAGAGGAUCACGUCCUGCACUCGUGACCUCCAAUACCAGUUGGUUGCUGCAACGAGGGACGGCUGUUACUGUGCCUGUAACCAUAAGGCCGGGGCCCAGGGUUGACUGAUCGCACCGCACCGGCCGGCCGAAAUGGUAAGGGAUUACGAUUCACUUCCGUCAGCAAAGUCCGCCACGUCAGGGUCGACUCAGAUCCUCGUAGUUUCAUGAGACUCGACUACCAAACCAACCCUUCUUGGCCUUAUCCAUUUUUAUCCCAUUCAUUCAUUCAUUAAUCAUUCAUCACUUUCUCCCUCCCCCAGACAGACCCAAACAAAAGCAAACAACAAAACCCCCCACCACCGAACGUCACGUAUACAAAUACAAGAUCUCCAUCCCCAAUUUCUCCUCGUUCGUUGCCGCCCCCUGUUUUGGUUCUCCCCUUCACCAAACCCGAAUUCCACCUGCAUUACUUGCUUCAUCGCUCUCUGCAUCUUGAUCUGGGAUUAUUUGAUUUUUCCCAAACUCUGAUCCGCAUCCUUCGUCGAGCAUGCCUUCCCGAGUCACAGCAGGUACCGCCAUCGUGCUCAUGGGCGUCUCCGGCGCUGGGAAAAGCACAAUUGGGGAACUCCUGGCGACAGAGUUGAACUGCAGCUUUCUUGACGCCGACGAUUUCCACCCUCAUUCCAACAAAGAGAAAAUGAGGCAGGGCAUUCCCCUGACGCACGAAGACAGGAUCCCCUGGCUCAAUCUCCUGAGGGACAAACUCCGGCACCACCUCAUCUCCGGUAACACCGUCGUCCUCGGCUGCUCUUCCCUCCAGAAGUCCUACAGAGACAUCCUCCGGUCCGCCGACCCCCAUCCACCGUCGUCGUCCACCUCCUGUUGCUGCCACUUCGUGCUGCUGGACGCCACCGUCGACUUGCUCACCCGCCGCCUCACCGAGAGAGCAAAACAGGGCACCCAUUUCAUGCCGCCCAAGCUGCUGCAGUCGCAGCUGGAUCUCCUCCAGAUCGACCCUUCAGAACCCAUUCUCAAAGUCGAUGCUUCCCUCCCUCCUCCCGCCAUUGUCUCCACCAUCAUCUCCGCCUUCUUGAUUUCUAGCCCCGGCCACACACAGCCAUCGUGCCGGCCCGAUUUCCCACACCACACCACCAGCACCGCCACCACCAUUCAAUAGUUAGCUGCCAUUUACUUGUAAUUUUUGAAUUAAUCCCAAUUGAUUAGUGAUUAGACAUGUAAACUGCAUUAGCAUCAAUAAUCAAAUCUGUCUUUCUUCUGUAUACCGUGCAACCAAAUGUACAAAGUGGGAGUCGAGAGAGACGCGGAGAAAAAACAGAGUAAACAUCAAAUAAGGCCGGUCCAGUUCCAGUCCAAAGAGGUAGGCGCGGGACCAGGAAAUGAAAGGAAAGCGCGUAUAAGAGAGAGAGAGAGAGAGAGAGAGAGAGAGAGAGAGAGAGAGAGAGAGAGAGAGAGAGGUGAGUUGGGUUGGCUAGUUAGAGACAGGCUGUUAAUCACAAGAUUAGGGACACAUUCAAAACUUCCUUCUUCGAUUAGAUUACCUUCUCUAGUUUGGCUUUGGCAAGCUUCAUUGUCCACCAGAAUUGGGUGAGAGGAUCAGAACGUGAUGACUAGGCAAAUGCACAAGCUCCAAGUAUCCUAACGAAGCUAUAUGAUCAGCCAAAAAUAUUUGCUUCUAUAUAGACAUGCUCAAUCCUAACUUAACUUGUCAUGGAUGAUCGUCACGGGCGACCAAUAUUCUAGGAGGUCCUCCAGCAUCAGGUGGUUUGGUUGUGGCUUGGUCCUUCGGAGUUGGUCCUUCGGAGUUGAUCCUUCAUCAUAGGUCUGUUGGUUAAAUUAAUUUUUUUUUUUUUUUGCGUAAGAGGAGGCAAAAACGCCAAGAACAGAAAAUUACAAAGGCGGAUGAGAUGGGGAAGACAAGUUGGCAGGGGGAACAAUCUGCCUUUGAAAAGCUAUCCCCUGUAUAUCAUCUCUUAAAAUGGGGUUCAAACCCGACGGUGGGUGCUCAAGUUCAUGCAUACAUAGGGAUAGACGAGACUGUGCUUCGAGAGCCAGUCCGCGGCUCUAUUCCCUUCACGGUAUACAUGAGAAAUGCGCACCAACCAAUCUCUGCUAAUCCUCCUACGAAUCGAAGAGAGCAAGGUUGCAUAAGGAUGAACCGGGUCAUGCCUCUCACUAAUCAGCUGAAUAGCAAGUUGGGAGUCCGACUCAACCAUCACAGUCCGGCACCCCGUCUUCCAAGCUAAGUCCAAACCAUACCAGAAAGCCCAUAGCUCGGCAAGGGCUGCAGAAGCUUCUCCAAUCUUUGCCACAAAACCGGCGAUCCAACGACCAGUAUCAUCUCUCAAAAUCCCCCCCCCCCUCCCCCCCGCUCCGGCCAGCCCGGGAUUCCCGUUCGAGGCACCGUUAAUGUUAAGUUUCAUCCAACCACCUCGUGGAGGAAUCCAAGAUAUACUAGCCAACACCCUGUUGCUCGAAUUACUCCUUGGGUUGGGCAGUAUUGUGUUGGUUAAAUUAAUUGUAAAUUUAUAAAUUGAAUUUAUAUUGCAUGAUUAUGGUACGAUGAUGUGAUUAAAGUUUUUUAAUUAAUACUAGGCUAGUAAUUGUUCAAUAUUCUCAUGUAUAUUGAUUGUUAGAAUCCUGUUUGUGUUCUAGAAAUUGCAUUUAAUUGUCUUCUAAAACAAUACCAGAAACGAAUUACAAAGGUGGAGAAUGAUCUAUUAGAGAAUAUGAAACGUUAAAUAAAUUAUAAAUGGGUUAAUAUUUUCGUAUGGCCUGAACUUUGACCAAAAUAAACAUCCUGUCCAAUC